AUGUUUAACGGGGAGCCUGGUCCAGCCUCGGCUGCAGCCGCUAGGAAUGUUGUGAGGAGCUCCAGCAUCAGCGGUGAAAUCUGUGGAUCCCAGCAAACUGGAGGAGGGACAGGGACCACUACAGCUAAGAAGAGGCGCAGCAGCCUGGGCGCCAAGAUGGUGGCCAUCGUGGGACUGACCCAGUGGAGCAAGAGUACACUGCAGCUUCCCCAGCCUGAAGGGGCCACCAAGAAGCUGCGCAGCAACAUCCGGCGGAGCACGGAGACCGGCAUCGCGGCGGAGAUGCGGAGCAGGGUCACGCGCCAGGGCAGCAGGGAGUCCACAGACGGGAGCACCAACAGCAACAGCUCGGAUGGCACGUUCAUCUUCCCUACUACCCGGCUUGGAGCUGAAAGCCAGUUCAGUGAUUUCCUGGAUGGGCUGGGACCAGCCCAAAUUGUGGGGCGACAGACACUGGCCACACCCCCCAUGGGAGACGUACACAUUGCCAUCAUGGACCGGAGUGGCCAGCUGGAGGUCGAAGUAAUUGAAGCUCGGGGCCUGACCCCCAAACCAGGCUCCAAAUCCCUCCCAGCCACCUAUAUCAAGGCUUACCUGCUUGAGAAUGGGACCUGCCUGGCCAAGAAAAAGACCAAGGUGGCCAAGAAGACCUGUGAUCCUCUGUACCAGCAGGCUCUGCUCUUUGAAGAGGGGCCACAGGGCAAGGUGCUGCAGGUGAUCGUCUGGGGCGACUAUGGCCGCAUGGACCACAAGUGCUUCAUGGGCAUGGCCCAGAUCAUGCUGGAUGAGCUGGACCUGAGCGCUGCAGUCACUGGCUGGUACAAACUCUUCCCCACCUCCUCCGUGGCUGACUCCACGCUGGGAUCCCUCACCAGGCGCCUGUCCCAGUCCUCCCUGGAGAGUGCCACCAGCCCCUCGUGCUCCUAAGGACCUCACUGAGGACGAGAGGCCAGGGAUGUUGUAUGAAGGGAGCCUG